UACAGUGAUGGUAGCGGCCCUGCCCCUGGGCCAGGAGACUCCCGGGUUCCACUUGUCACUUGCCACCAGUGUUGUGGCAUAAUGUUUCUGAACAAGCUGUUAAGCAACUAUCUAAACUGUGAAAUGAGGACGCUACACUGGUUUUGUCUCUGGAAGUGAUGGGACUGGAACCUGGGCCUCCACUCCAACUGAACAGAUUGAUGUGGAAAAUAUCUAAAACAUUAAGUCAGAAAGGCUUGGAUGCAGGAGGAGCUAAGAGGGUGCUUGUAGCCCACACCCUUGGACAAUUAUUCCAGUGUUGACUGCUGCUAUGAAAGUAUGCCUUGAAUACAGGCCACAUUUUGGCAGCAUUGUUUUGGCAUAGGUUUGGCACUUUGUGAACGCAUACUAUCUGAAGAUAACCAGAUACAUCUGUGUAUGGCAUGUCGCAACAUGCAAAAAGCUGAAGCUGCUAAGUCUGAACUUCUUCUGACACAUCCUGGAGCUGAUAUUAGCCUUUUGAAAGUAGAUGUUGGGAAUGUUAAAUCUGUUAUCAAAGCGGCAGAAGAAAUAAAGCAAAGGUAUCAGCAUGUAGAUUAUCUCUAUCUGAAUGCUGGAAUUAUGCCAAAUCCUCAUUUCAGUUUGAAAGCCUUUCUAAGUAGCCUGUUGUCCAGAAAAGUUUUCGUCAUGUUUCAAACUGGGCAGGGAUUGCUCACUCAAGAAGAUUGGCUUACUGAUGAUGGACUACAGCAAGUCUUUAUGACCAAUGUCUUUGGUCACUUCUUACUGAUUCGCAACCUGGAGCCUGUACUCUGUCAAGCUGAUUGUGUGUCACAUUUAGUUUGGACAUCUUCUCGUAAUGCAGGGAAAUCUGCCUUCAGUCUGACAGACUACCAGCAUAGCCAAGGCCAGGAAUCAUACAGUUCUUCUAAAUAUGCAACUGAUCUACUUAGCGUAGGUUUGAAUAAGCACUACAAUAACAAGGGUCUGUUUUCUAGUGUGGUCUGUCCAGGUCUUGUUUUGACUAAUUUGACCUAUGGUAUCUUUCCUUCUUUCUUCUGGACAUUAAUUACACCCAUUAUGUGGCUGAUUCGUGUAUUCAUAAAUUCGUUUACACUGAGCCCUUACAAUGGAACAGAAGCAUUGAUCUGGUUGUUCUCACAGAAGCCAGAAUCGCUGGACCCAAUGAAGAAAUAUCUCAGCUGUACAUCUGGAUUUGGGAACAAUUACGUAACCCUGUGCAAGAUGGACAUCAAUGUUGAAACAGCUGAAAUAUUUUAUCAAGAGUUGUUAAAGCUUGAAGUCCAGAUGGAAGAAAAGAAUAAAGUUGCUGGUGACCAUAGUUAAAUACUAUACAUUCUUAACAUUACACACAACACUUCCUAAUGGGAGCAAAAAAAACUUGGUUUAUUAAAGUUGAUUUGGAAAGAUAGUAUUCAUAAUACUUGAAUCAACUCUUUAAUCAUGGAAUUAUUUUGUGCUUGAUUCAAAACAACUUCAGUAUUUCAACAGAACUUCAGGUUUACUAUUAUCGAAUUUACCUCUGAAAUGUUUACUGGCAUUAUGGAAAGAAUUUUAAUUGCUAAGGGGAAAUGGAUUCUGGUGCAAGGUUAAAUCGCUAAAAAAUAUGCUAACAUAUUGGAAAGCCAAUGUGAUUCUACUGCCUUGCUAAGGCUUUUAUCAAAGGGUAACCUCAAUGAAGCUACUGGGUCAGUAUUUAAAUGUGUAACUAUCCAAUUAUUAAUGCUUUUAAUAUAAAAUUAUAAUUUUUAAAGUCCAUACCCUACCUAUGUGAAAGACUUGUGCUCACUGGACUUGUUGCAUCAGCUUCUCAAACUUUACAAAUUGCUGGGUUUUUUUAGCAGAAAGAAAAGUUGUUUUAACUUAUUGUACUAUGAUCUCACAAAUACAAGGUAGAUGGGGCACAUUCCUACAAUCAGCAUCCAAGUGUAACUCCUUAUGCAACUGAGAGCCUUCAUCUUCUGCUUUCUAUAACUCCUAAGGAAUACAAUCCCCUCUGGCUUCAGCAGAGCAGAGAUGGAGGCAAGUUACUCACUCUAUUAGCUGAGAUGUUUAUGUUAGAUGUCUGCUCGAUGUUAAGAAGCCAUGACAUUUCCAUUAAAGAUCACCACACUUCUGCCAAGGAAGUCUCUGCUAUUGUGGCAGGAAACAAUGUGGCAGUCUCUGGGGCGAGGUGAUUGGAACAAGGAAUGAGAAGUGGGAGCUCCUUCAGAAGAGACCUCACUUUGAUUUGUCCUUUCCCUGUCUUCCCUAUCAUGGCUAUCCUGCACUUUCCUGCUAGCUAAGAGUUAAAGAGUACAUUGUUGCAUUCCAUUGAGGCUUAAAUAGUCAAUGUGAGACUUUCCUUCAUGCUGUUUAAAGUGUCAGUCUCAUUCUGCAUAUUUUCGGUUGUCUAUUGUAUCUGAUGCUGUGUAAAGGUGACCACUUUCCAUGAAUAAGAAUAUCACUACAAACACAAGAAGUACAUGACACUCGUGGUAGAGCUAAACUCCUCUAACCUCUCUCAAAGUGCACAAUGCCCUCAGAAGUGUAGUCACAGCCUCAUACAUUUUCUGCUGCUGCUCGCACUCGCGUUAUCUACUCUUCCUCAUCUUUAAUCAAACUAUCUCAGUUGGAUAUCUCACUGCAAUGUCUGUUUCUGCCCCAGUGCAAGGUGUGCUUAAGUCAUGUGACAGUGCUCCCUUAGAGUGCGCACCUUCCUUGAAGGUGUCUUCAGCCUUCUCCACAACCCUUGAAGGACCUGGGGGGGAGAUGAAAGAACUGAAAAUGGGAAAGGAUUUGUAGUCCAAAUUGUAAUUUCAAGAUCUGCACAAUUAGUAGUCAGUAAAUUGUGACUACAAUUCAAAAGGAGUGAAUAUCAUGUGCAAGUGGUAUUGUAAUAUCUGAUUUAGUCAUCAAGGCUCUGCCUUCCAUAAUGCCUUUUGCUCCUCUAAGGUUUCCUCCUUUGCACCGGUUAAAGGGUUCUUUGGAGGUGUGCCAGCAGAGUGAGAACAACAGUAACAUGUUUGAGAAAUGGGAUGGUAACUGUAAAUAAUGGCUGUGAGAUCACACUAAGGUAUGGGUGUGUUUCAAUGUUGGUUAUUUUGAUGAGUAUGCAAAAGGUAUCUCAAGAGAAUGUAUCUUGCUGCUUCAUUCAUUCCAAUGUUAAGCUACUUAACUUUUCCUGCUAUCUUAAAGUCCUUGCUCUGGGAUCCACACAUUUGCAAGCCAUGCCGAAGGAUACCGGCCAUUCAAGUAGACUGUUAACCCUUCCAACAUUGUGAUGUUGCCAGACCUACUGCGUUUCUCCAGCACUUCCAUGCUUUUACUUACCCAGGGUUUAGGCCAGCUCUUGACAAGAGAACUUAGGUAGCCUUUAAAUGCUCUUAAUUGGUGGCUAGCCGUCUCUCAUGGGAAGUCUCCCCAUCCCUGUACCCCACUAGAAAAAUGGCCUGUAAGUCAGGUGGUGCAGUCACACAGGUUGGUGGUGCGAAUACCUUUCCCAGCUGCCUUCGUGUUCACCUGCAUAAUUCAUGCAGUAGUUUUUAAAUAAGAACAGUUAAAUGCAACUAAUUUCUAACUGAUCACAAUUUUCCAGCAUCAUGCAUUUGAUUUAAUUAUGUCCAUUUUUGUUGGUAGUAAGCUGAUGAAUAAAAUUAACAAUUACUUAGAAGUUCAUACUUCAUGCUUUAGUGCCUAGAUAGUGAUAUCUUAGGAGAUUUGAAGAAAGACAAGGGACUAUAACGCCUUACUUUCCAAAGAAAAAGCUUGCAUUUACCUUAUUCAGGAAAUCCAGAGGUGCUUAAAAAUGAAUUAUUUUUCAAUGCACUGUGGUUACUAUUGUUAAAUAAUCAAAUGUAACAACCAAAUUUCAAAAAGUAAAAUUCUGAAACAGCAAGUUAAACAAAUGAUCACUUUUCUGCUGGUAGUGGUGGUUGAAAAAUAAAUAUUGGCUCUGGGAAACAUUACAAGGAAAACUCCUUUGUGCUUCUGAAUGCAAUGGAAUCUUCUCCAUCUCAGCUUCUCUAUAACAUCUUUUGCAAAACAAAGAAUCCCUGAUAACGAAGACCUCAAUCAAUACUGCACUGCAGUGUCAGCCUAGCUGAAGGUCUCAAAUUUGUCACAAGCCUUGAGGUCACAAAGGUCUCAUUCUGGUAAUAAAUGCUACCAUCUGAAACUUCAUCCACGCUAUCGGUCCCAAUAAAUAUUUUACACUGUUUAGUCUCCGUUUUAAGUUGUUCUGGUUGCCAGAAAUAAAUUGGGUAUAAACCUACAUGUAAAUAAUUGAGCUGAGCACUGUGCGGUGUUCAGUUCAUUAUUACAUAAUCUACAUUAUUAUUUUAGAUCUUCUCAUAACCUAGGUUGGGGAGUUUAACAACAACAAAUAGUCCUGGAACUUUACUUUCAUGGCAGACAAACUAACUCGGUGAGGAAGUGAGUUAUAGGAUUUCCUAUAAACUGCUGCAGCAUUUCCCUCAAAUGCUUUCUAUUUUGUUGUAUGAAAGUCAGUUGAUGUAUUAAAGAGGACUCUUUAAAAGCUCAACUGACUCCAUGAUCUGAAACGCAAACCUCAACCUCCAGUGAGUGUAACCAUUCAUUGGACAAAAAUUAAAGAAUGGGGAAAUAGUUCACUGAUGAUUGAAUCACUUGACUGAUUCUCUGCCCUGUGGAUUCUAGACUCCUUAUGAGUAUAGCCAGUUCAUAUAAUUGAUAUUAUUAUCUGACAAUAAUAGCCAAUGUAUUUUCUUGGUUAAUUGUUUAUUUGGUUUAAAUUUACAUUAGUUGCUGCACAGCUGAAUUUAACCUAUGUUUAGGAGCUAUGCAGCCUCUUGUGACUUCAAACUGACCAUUUAUAUAUACAAAUAGGGGCUAUCUGGGUACCUACUGCAAUGUUGGUUUGCUUUUUCAGAGAAAACCAAUCCCAUUAAAAAAAAAUUGGUAUUUUGGCAACUGGUAUCCUGAACUCUACCAGUGCUGGGCCCAGUUUCUCAAUCUCCCACCUCUAAGCCUUGACCCCCAAUCUGCACACUCCCUUCCUAUGUCAAACGUCCAGCUGUGUUACUGCUGUGGAGUGUAGGCCAAUCAUCCUUCUCCCUUUGUCUCCCCUUUAUCUCCUAUGUACAUGGACACAGUACAGCAGCCACCUGAAUGUAGUUAAAAACUGUUGUUUGACUAUACAUUUAGAUACAGUUUAAAAUUGUAUUUUUGCUUCUAUUAAAUAAUUAUGUCAACCAAAACACACAAUCCAGAUUUUGACUCCGAGCUUUUCUAAACAGCUUUAAGCAUGAUUGUUUCGAAGAAGAGCAGCUGAGUCAUCCCCAGUGUCCUGGCCAAUAUUUAUUCUUCAACCAACAUAACAAAAAAAAUUAUCUGGUCAUAAUCCAGUUUAUAUUUGUCAGAGUUAGCUGAGGAGGAAAUUGGCUACCACAUUUCUGACAUUACAGCAGUGACUAGGUUUCAAAAAAGCACAUCAUUGUUUGUUAUGGAAUCUUCUGCUUGGCACUGAGACAUCCAGUGAAUCUGAAAAAUACUUUACAAAUGCAGCUUUUUACUUUGAUUAAUAGGAAGCAUAUAAUUUUUGUGAAAAGUCUUCUUUAUCUCUUAAAUGCUAUUUGUUUCCUUAUCACAAAAUGAUUUAUUAGCUUGAUUAAUUGUGUUUAAUGUUUGGAACUAAAUAAAAUAUUG